GCAAUGGAAGUAUGUUACCAGCUGCCGGUGCUGCCCCUGGACAGGCCGGUUCCCCAGCACGUCCUCAGCCGCCGAGGAGCCAUCAGCUUCAGCUCCAGCUCGGCGCUCUUUGGCUGCCCCAACCCCCGGCAGCUCUCACAGAGGCGUGGAGCUAUAUCCUAUGACAGUUCUGAUCAGACGGCAUUGUACAUUCGUAUGCUAGGAGAUGUACGCGUAAGGAGUCGGGCAGGAUUUGAAUCGGAAAGAAGAGGUUCACAUCCGUAUAUUGAUUUUCGUAUUUUUCAUGCUCAAUCUGAAAUUGAAGUUUCAGUGUCUGCAAGGAAUAUCAGAAGGUUGCUAAGUUUCCAGCGGUAUCUUAGAUCUUCACGCUUUUUUCGUGGUACUACUGUUUCAAAUUCUCUAAACAUUUUAGAUGAUGAUUAUAAUGGACAAGCCAAGUGUAUGCUGGAAAAAGUUGGAAAUUGGAAUUUUGAUAUCUUUCUAUUUGAUAGACUAACAAAUGGAAAUAGUCUAGUAAGUUUAACCUUUCAUUUAUUUAGUCUUCAUGGAUUAAUUGAGUACUUCCAUUUAGAUAUGAUGAAACUUCGUAGAUUUUUAGUUAUGAUUCAAGAAGAUUACCAUAGUCAAAACCCUUACCACAAUGCAGUCCACGCUGCAGAUGUUACUCAGGCCAUGCACUGUUACCUAAAGGAACCUAAGCUUGCCAAUUCUGUAACUCCUUGGGAUGUCUUGCUGAGCUUAAUUGCAGCUGCCACUCAUGAUCUGGAUCAUCCAGGUGUUAACCAACCUUUCCUUAUUAAAACUAACCAUUACUUGGCAACUUUAUACAAGAAUACCUCAGUACUGGAAAAUCACCAUUGGAGAUCUGCAGUGGGAUUAUUGAGAGAGUCCGAUUUAUUCUCACAUUUGCCAUUAGAAAGCAGGCAACAAAUGGAGACUCAGAUAGGUGCUUUGAUAUUAGCCACAGACAUCAGUCGCCAAAAUGAAUAUCUGUCGUUGUUUAGGUCCCAUUUGGAUAGAGGUGACUUACACCUGGAAGACACCAGAAAUAGGCAUUUGGUUUUACAGAUGGCUUUGAAAUGUGCUGAUAUUUGUAACCCAUGUCGGACCUGGAAAUUAAGCAAACAGUGGAGUGAAAAAGUAACAGAGGAAUUCUUCCAUCAAGGAGAUAUAGAAAAAAAGUAUCAUUUGGUUGUGAGUCCACUUUGUGAUCGUCAGACUGAAUCUAUUGCCAACAUCCAGAUUGGUUUUAUGACUUACCUAGUGGAGCCUUUAUUCACAGAAUGGGCCAGGUUUUCCAAUACCAGGCUGUCCCAAACAAUGCUAGGACACAUGGGGCUGAAUAAAGCCAGUUGGAAGGGGCUGCAAAGAGAGCAGUCCCGUGGUGAGGACACGGAUGCUGCAUUUGAGCAGUUGAACGCCCAAUUAUUACCUCAGGAAAAUCGGUUAUCAUAACCCCCAGAAUCAGUGAGACAAACUGCCUCCUGGAGGUUUUUUAGAACUGUGAAAUGGGGUCUUAACUGCCAAGGUUUCCAAGUGAAUGAUGCCAGCAUUAUUUAUUUCCAAGAUUUCCUCUGUUGGAUCAUUGGAACCCACUUUUUAAUUAUGAGACCUGAACAUAAAGCAAUAUGCACCUGGCUGUCCUGCGAAACCUUGAAUAUGCAAAGCCCAGCGGGAGCGAAUCCUUAAAGGAGUAACAAAGGAAGUUUUGGGGUGUGCCACGUGUUUUUCAAAACAUUUGUUCUUCAAACCCUGAAAAUUGAACUGAGUCUUUCAACAGAAAUCUCUCGGAAUUUAACCAGUCUGAUGCGACAGUGUGUAUCUGUACCUCCCACUAAGUUCUCUCUGAGAAAAUGGAAAUGUGAAGUGCCCAGCCUCUGCUGCCUCCUGCAAGACUUGAUGUUUACAAAUCAGCUCUGAAAUACUGGUUCUCCAUUUGCCUUGAGGCAUGAUUGUGAAGGAACCACUAGGAAUUUAACAGAUCAAACCUUAAACUGCAGCUCUUGUCCCUGGUUUGCCUUUUUUCUUCUUUGGAUGCCACCAAAGCCUCCCAUUUGCUGUAGUUGUAUGUCCUGCCCUGAAAACUGAGCAUUUCUCAUAGCGUACCACCAGGCUUUCACUCCAGUGCUGUUCGGCAAUGCAACUUUUUUUUAACUCUUGGUAGUUUUGAUUUGGGAUGGGAGGGGAAGAAUGCCAGUGUCCUAGCUGUAUUAUGAUUCUGCAGUGAAGACAUUGCAUGUUGUUUUCACUACUGUACACUUGACCUGCACAUGCAAGAAAAAGGUGGAAUGUUUAGAACACCAUAAUCAGCUCAGGGUACUUGCCAAUUUGAAAUAAAGUGGGAUGGGGAAGUGUGUCCUUCAGAGCAAGGGUACUAAAGUCCAUUUCACUGCAGUGAGUGAGAGGUAUGUUGUGUGUGAACGUAUGGGUGUGUGUUUGCGUGCAUGUUUGUGCAUGUAUGACUGUGCAUGUGUUAUAUUUAUCCAUUUGAGAAAGCAUCUGAAAUGUAAGCUUUUAUUUAUUAUUUUAGAAUAUGAUAUAAUGAGCAGCCACACUUGGGAAGGGAGGUAAGCUGUAACAGAUUGCUCCAGUUGCCUUAAACUAUGCACAAAGCUAAGUGACCAAACUUCUUGUUUUAAUUUGAAAAAAGUGCAUUGUUUUCUUGUCCCUCCCUUUGAUGAAACGUUACCCUUUAAUGGGGACCUUUUGAUGUGAAUAGAUGUUUUCUAAGACAAAUUCUAAGGACUAAUUUUAAACUUAAAACAUUCCACUUUUGUAAUUUGUUUUAAAUUGUUUUAUGUAUAGUAAGCACAACUGUAAUCUAGUUUUAAGAGAAACCGGUGCUUUCUUUUAGUUCAAUUGUAUUUCCCUUGUUACUGUAAAAGACUGUUUAUUAAUUAUGUUUACAGUUCGUUGCAACAGCCAUUUUCUUGGGAGAAAGCUUGAGUGUAAAGCCAUUUGUACAAGGCUUUGCCAUACUCAUUUUAAUAUGUGCCUGUUGCUGUUAAUUUUGAUGAAUAAAAACUUAUCUUUUCACAUUUUUAUCUUUGAUAUUUACCUUAAAACUCAAACCUUUGGAACUCAUAAUGCUGAAUUACUAGAAAAUCAGAGAUUUAGCUUCUUGGUUGUGACAUUCACUCAUCAGAUAUUUAUUCAGGCAGAGCUGGGUUCAGGCACAGUCCUGUGGGCUGGUAGCUGCUAUUCCUGCACCUCACGAGUGAGCAGGCUGAGGCCCUGGUUAUGCAGUUUGCUCAGAGUCCUGACUUAGACACAGCAGAGAUCAGCUGUGAGCCCAGGCUCCGUGACUCCACAGUUGGGAACCGCCUAAGACAUGGCCUCUUGCAAGUACUGAAGUCCUAGUUGUACUGGCUUUUUUAAAGUGAAGUAAUAAGAAAUGGCCAUUUAAUUCUACUUGAUUGAUAUCAAUGUAAGAAAGAUACCACUGGACCUCUCCUGUAUCUUCCCAAGUCAAAUUCAUUAGAAGGGGUAGAGUGCAAAGUUUAAAACCAAACAUAGUCAUUUGCUUAGAAGGAUGAUGUCCAGUAGAAAUAAAAUGCCAGCCACAUAAGUGAUUUUCAGUUUUUUUAUUAGCCACAUUCAAAAAAGAAAAAAGAACCAUAUGGAAUUCAUUUUAAUAACAUUUAUUCCAAUAUUUCUAAUAUAUCUUAUCAUUUCAAUAUGCAGUCAUUAUAAAAAGCAGUUACUGAGAUAUUUUACAUUAUUUGGUUGGUACAAAAUCUUUGGAAUCUGGUACAUAUUUUGCAUGUAGCAGCACAUCUCUAUUUGGUGCCACAUUUCAGGUCUGAAUAUCCAUAUGUGGCUAGUGGCUACUAUAUAGGACAAUGUAAGUACAGAAGUUUGAUGGUGUGGCUGAGUGUUACCUGGAGAAGAUCAUCUGGCCACUUACAUGAGGAGGCAUCACCUUGGCAAGUUUGAUAUAUCCAGAGCCUGAUGUUACAAGGAUCUUUACAAGCUCACAGAUCUAGUGUGUCAUCACAUGGAAAGAACUAUCUCACAGCAAACUCACAUUAACCAACCCCACAGUAACUGGUGUUUUUUAAAAAGUGUUAGUAUUUUAAUUUACAAUGAGAAAUAUAACAAUCAAUCAUUCUCUUCCUUUAGGCAAAUCUUCUUGGGAAGUCAGAUUAUGACCAGCCAGUUACUUGGUGAGCAUGGAUUCUGAGCCAGGGAAACAAGUUGCCUCAUGCAUCCUUCUCCCUGAGGGGAUAGACCUGCUCAUAUUUGUUUGUGGACCAGGGUACUCUCUUCCCCUGGACAGUGCUAGAGAUUCUCUGCCAGUAGUUGCUUCUCCACUUCAGCUUCUUAUGGGCACAUCCAGUAGAUUUAUCAAUACCUCCAGCCCUGUCGCACUUGAGCCUGCCUGGUGCCAUCUGCCUGUGUAUGACUGCUUACUUCUGUUCUGAUCCGUGGUAUGUUUCUUAUUGUUUGAUAUUCAAAGGGUUAUCUUCUUAUUUCCAUUCUUGGGGGAGAUACAUGAGUGUUGCUCCCAUUUCCUGCCCACACAUAAAAUAAACCCAUUGAAAAGCUGUGUUUGUUACAUAUAUGUGGGAAUCAUCAUCUAUAGCCCUGCUGCUUAACAUUGGUUUCUAGAAAAAUUUGAGGAAACAGUUUAAUAAUUUAGAAGAUCACAUUGAAAAUAAGUAAUUAAAUAUGGAACAGAAUGCAAAGCUCACAUGAAUUUUUAAGAUAAAACAGAAGACUUAAAAGAAUUGUUGUGCAUGUAGCUUCCCAAUGCUCCAGUAGUGGGGGCCCCUCCUCUGCUCUUGGGUAAAGGUCCUAGGUGAGAAAAUUUUGGCAAGCCUUAGCUUAAUGGAAAAGACAAAUCUGGUUCCUGGUCAAUAUUUGUACUGUGUAAAGGUAAUGGUUUAUAAUGAUCCUCUUUGUAUAAAAGUAGUACAUAUUUUAUGUCCUUUGUAAACCUGGGAAAUACAUUUGUACCUAAGGUACAGGUAAGAGGUGCUAGUAAUUCUUUGAAGAUUCCUACAACAGUCUCAUUUUUCCAAAAUGCUUUCUUGACUCUUAAAGCUUUCAAUUUUCUUAAAACUUUAAAAAGGUUUUCACAUCAAAGGUUUACUGUUUCCAUGUGUACUUUAUUAAUGUAUAAAUAUUUUGUUUAAGUUCCCUGCCAGUCAGUAUCUCCUGCUUAGGAAAGUAUACAGUGAUCAAUAGGGAAUAUAAAUUCAGUAAUGUUUUUAAAUGUGCAUAUUAAUCACUAUGGCAAUCAGCAGAUACUUGAAAUACAUAGUUGUAUAGACAUGUGCAGAACUUAGCUGAAUCAUUCCUUGUUUGCUAAGGAUCUGUAGACAACCUCUGUCUUCUGGAAGGCCCGCAAGGGUCUGUAGUCCAUGGGUGGAAUGACCACUAUUUGGGGGUGAGCUGAGGGGCACAUAGUAGGUCUCCUCCAUCUUCUUGUCUCUUGUGCUUAUCAUGUGGCUAACAUAAAUUGGGCCAUCAAUAAAUGUUUGUUGAACAAAUUAA